AUGUAUGUACGGCCAGCGCUCAAACAUCUCGCGCCUCCAACACUUCUCAUGAUAAGCUGUGCACCAGGAUUUAGUGGCACACAAUGUGAAACAGAUAUCGAUGAUUGUGCAAGUCAUCCCUGUAAGAACAACGGCACCUGCAUAGACCGAGUGAACGGAUUCAACUGCAGCUGCGUACCAGGCCUUUAUGGAACACAAUGUGAAUCAGACAUUGACGAGUGCGCUGCACAGGCCGACCCAUGUGCUGCUGUUUUUAACUCUGUGUGCAGGAAUACGUAUGGAUCGUACAACUGCCAGUGCAAAGAUGGCUUUAUGAAGAAUGGUGUUACUUGUGAAGGUGCAACACAGUUUUUAUCAUUAGUAUGGAUAUGUUAUAUUAUGUUUUAAUUAGCUACAGUUGAAAACUUUAUUUGUCGUUAUGUAAGGACGGCUUGCCACAUUUAAGAAUCUUAUUUAACAAGUAGGCAUGUAUCGGGA